UCCCAUUCCUCUCUCUCUCUGGUGGUAGUAGACACGGGAGAAUCGGUCCGUGCUGGUGCUGGUGGAGAAAGUAAGGAAGGAAAAGGAGCAGAGAAAAUUCCACUGGACUCUGAAACUACUACUACUUUUACACAUUGAAAUACCCGAAUCGGUUUCUUUCGGUUGAAUAAACAGCCGUCAUCAUAUCAUCAACUUCACACUUCAAUUUACUCUUUACACACACACCACCAACCAACCAAGAGAAUAAUAAUAUACGUAAAAAAACAUCCCGUCUUGAAAAAAGACGUCAACUUUUCCUCCUCCAAAGUGAUGGUGGUGGUGGUGGUGGUGGUGUAAAUCGUGGAGGAGAAAACUAUCCAUAUCGUUUCAAAACAUUCCGAAGAGAGAAAGUUUUUUGUAUUAUAUUUCGCGAAAGAAUGGAGAAAAAUAAGUUGGCUCAUUAUUUUUGCACAGAUAUUAUCUUUCAUAUUGUUGUAAUUACCUUGCUGCUGCACAUAUCCAUUUUUAAUUUGAUACUACAAGUUGCCUAGUCUGAGGAUAAUCUGUCAACCAAUUAGUGUAAUAAAUAAAUAGGACUUGGAUCAUUCCUUAUCGUAUUAGGCUCAGAUUUUGGAUAGACAAGAAAAUAGCUGAGCGAAAAUGGGUAACCUGUUCAUUAUUUAGUUAGGCAUAGAGAAAGUGAAAGUCGUGCGUAGGUUUAGUUAGUGGGUAAAAAAAGAUGGGUCUAUUUCAGUAGAAUGACUAUUAAACUGAGAUUUCCACCACGUAGGAGGAAUUACAUGUAGAAAUUGAUUUACGGAAAUGAGGAUGGAAUCAGAAAUGUAUUUCAAGUCUUCUUCCUACUACUGAAUCUGAAUUUGUUAGGCAACCAGGUUUAAAUGGAGGAGUAAAAUGUGUGAGUGAAAGCAAUGUGCACUUCGUUACGGGGUGUCGCCUUUUUUGGGGCUAGUGUCCACGUGACGGUGGGAUUUAUUCUGUUCAGUCGGUAUGUCAUUGCCACGGUGGUCUUCACAUUCUACAAUUUUAAUAACUUGUUCAGUGAGAAAGUUACGUCCUUCUUAGCACCGUUUAUGGUGUAUGUGACCCUUCUGUUGGCACUUGGCAUUCUGAUAUUCCACUCCGUGGAGAAGGAAUGUUUUGUAAUAUUGAAAUGGUCCUCCGUUGCAUUCUCUCUUCUUCAAUUACUCGUCUUCGUGGCCAUUUUGGUACUCAAGUUGACACCAAACUUCCAAUAUCAACAGUUUCCCUUCCUCCCAGACUCGCUGGUCAGUGUCUCAAACUUGCACUCCUCCAACAGUCCGACCGGACCGGAAGUGUAUCUCGCAGUUCCGCACGGAACGACGUUGGACGAGAAAGACUUGAUUAUUAAACCUUCCUCCAAGUCACCCUCGUCAGAUCCGCCAGAUCCUGGAGGAACGCCGCCAGGAGGGAAUAACAUUGAGGUUACGUUUAUGUCGAAUAACAAUAUUACUGGCAGUAGCUCUAGGGAUAAAGAUGGGCCCCUUAUAACCGAGAUUUAUCGGCUUGCAAUUUUGGUCUGCUGUGUUCUCCUGACUCUCGUCUACCUGGUCUUUCUAUUCCUCUACAUUCGUCAACUGAACGAUGAGGAUACGGGCCACGUAUUCGGGCACGGAGGUCAAGCGGUCACUCGCAAUAUCGCCUUCUACGUUCAGCCUCAAUUUACUUCGUCAAACCCAUCACAACAACCACAAGGAAUUCAUGACAAUAAUAAAGGUCAACCAGGUUCAGUUCAAAGCAGGUCACAAACUCAAAUUCCUCAACAAUUUCUACCCCAACCGACACAACAACAACAACACCACCAACAACAACCCACACAAUCGCAGCAACAAUCUCCAAAAAAGAUGAACCAAGUACAACCACCUUCACCACACCCAUCACAGCAACAAUCACAUUCAGCUCCCCAUUCACAUCCUCCUUCUUCGGCCGAAGGGACAAUGACAGGGUCUCCGAAACGUCAUGGGACUGGGAGAUCAGGCUCCCAACAGAGCUCACUUCAAUCUCAGACGCCUCAAAUUCAAAAUCUUCAAGCCCCACAGGUAAACUUUUCUCCGAAAAGGAAUCCUCACCAUCAUCCUUCUCAAAUGUCCCAAUUUCAAAAUCAAAAUCAACAACAACAACAACAACCACCACCUCUCGCCAAUCCUGGUAUCAGUGAUGCCAAUUUAUUAAAUCCAGCAAGUGCACAGCACCCCCCACAGCAACAACAUCAUCGCCACCAACAACAACAGCAACCACACCAACAGUUCCAACCACAACAACCACACCCACCUCAUCUUCCUAUUUUGGGUCCAACUCCUACCGGUGGUGGUGGUGGUGGUGGUCAACAGGGGCAAAUGGUCAACUUUCCCCAGCAGUCUCAGCAUCACCCCCACCCCCAACAACAGCAACAACAGUUACAACAACCCCCACCACCAAUAAUGAGGGGUCCAAUUCCUGCCCAGGUUCGGAUCGGAUUCUUUCCCCACGAUCUACGCCAAGAUCCCCAAAGUCAAAAUUUGGGGGUUUCUCCGCAAAACAUCCGACCAAGACCGGGACCUUAUCCGGGAGAGACUGAAAUGGUUAUGGGAGGACCACAACAACAACAACCACCGAGUCAAACUUUACUCAGGGGACCUCCACCCCCGCCUGGUCAACAGUACCAGCAGCAGCACCAACAAUUGCAACACCAUCACCCUUCACCACUCCCGAUUGUCGGACAUCACCCACAAAUGCAAAGGGUCCAGUUCCAACAGCAGCAUUCCGCAUACCCUUCGGACUCUUCUUCUUCCGUUGCAUAUUCUCCCAAUCCACCCAGAGGCAAACACCCCAUUUCCAUGGUCUAGAGGACGGAAUGGCCCCAAGUCAUUCUACAUUAACGUGGAUGACGAAUAUACCAAUGUGACACUUAUUAUGUUCUAAGUUGUGACAUGCAUGACCGUGCUCGUAAAUAUGUCACAAAGUUAACUCUCUAAAAAUAUGUAUAAAAGAUAUAUCUGUAGGUGUAGGGAUCCUUUGAGUAAUGUAGACUUGGCUUCAACUUUACUGUGUAAUUGUUACCUCACUAUUUUAGAGUAGGGUGUACGUACAGCAGUGUGGGGUACAUACAUAUUCAUAAAACUGGGAAUAUUUGUUGGAGAGAUGACGACUCUCGGGAAAUACUUACUCCUUCAUUCAACCAAAAAUUCAGAGAUUAUAUACAUAAAAAUAUAUUUCCAACAAAAGAAAUCUCAAAAUUUCCCUGCUUUAUGACAUUAAAAAGAUAGCAAUUCUAGUCUAAAAUGUAGUCUCCAAAAACCCCUAAACUCUAAAGUGUGUUCUAUUAAUAUUAUUUUAAAGAGAAGAACCCAUUCCAAAAUGCGUAUGUAUCGUAUUUCAAUUAUCAAAAAAAGAAGUGAUAAUUACGAUUAUUAACGUAUAUUUCCGCUAACUUAAGACUCACAGACACUUGAAAUGACUCAAUUUGCGACAUAUUCCCAAUUAAACCCUUCAUAUAAAAAUUAUGAAUUAAAAUGUAAGAAAUUUUGGGUAGUGGUGCAUCACAGCCAAUAUAAAAUAUGCCUCAAUGCAUUCCAUUAAGAAGAAUAGAUUUUAUACAAAUUCCUUAUAAAAUACGUAAAUAUAUUUAUUAUGUAAUAUGCAAAUGAGGGUGCUAUAGGUAUUUACACACAAAAGUGAGAAUUACAUGUACGAUGGGUGCGGUUCAAAAUUUAUCCAAUUUUUAAAAAGUGAUCAAUCAAAAUCUAUAUAAUCGAAUCACGCAAAAACUACAUAUGUAUGACCUCAUCAAAUAUCAUCUCACACAAUUAUUAGCGAGAGAGACACUUAUCUAACAUUACAUAACUACUAAUGAAUUUAGACUGUAUAGCGUUUUCGCCAAGACGUUAAAAAAUACAUAUAGAAAAUGUGAUUUUAAUCAGAUACUAACUAACUAAUUAACAAUUAGAUUUUUCUAACAUGUACCUGUACUAAAUAUUUACAUAAAAACUAACCCAAAACCAACCAACUAAUUUAUAGAGUUUUAAGUCAAGAUAUAUCCAUAAAUAAGUAAGAUCUAUCGCAAACAAGAUGAUGAUGAUGAUGACCAUUCACUCUUUAGACAAUAUAAAUUACUAGAUUUUAGAGAAGGGUGAUGCAUUUCCGAUAUUAAACUCAUCAUUCGAUUAUCAUUCCAAUUUUUGUGUUGGAAAACUAGGUAUUUACAUGUAUCUAGGUAUACACUCAAACAAAAAAGGCCUAUAAAGACAUCACGUACGGUAACAAUUUUUAAUAAUUAAUUGGACAUUGUGACGACGAAACUUGUUAAAAAAUGUUUAUCAUAACGAUUUUUACGAGUGAGUUCUUCAUUGCGUUUAUACCGCGUGGUAAUAUACUUGAGUAUACCAAAUAUAGAUAUUUAGACUUAUUUAUUACGAAUGUAAAGUGUGUUCUCGCUAUAAUAUCCAAGAUGAUGCCUCUACCAAUUCAGAAAAAGAUAGGAUAUGCGUACUUAUUUCUUACCAAUUCCUCUGUCAUUGUUAAAGAAUUCACGUUAUAUGUAUGUAAUAGUAAGCACUAUUUUAAACAUUAGGGGUGAAAAUGGGUAGUAAAAUUAGAUAAUCGCUCAUUGUAGAGUAAAUAAGCGUGGUGGACAUUUUUUUACCACAUUGGUGCUAUAGACGUAUUAUUAUUAAUUAUUACGUUAGUUUUAGUCAAGAAAUUAGUUCAAGAGUAAAAGAAGAAGAUGAAGAAAUGUUAUGCAUGUUCAUGGAAUACAUAAAUUCGACAAGAAAUAUUUCAAAAAAUUGGAAAUGUGAAACAAGUUGACAUCUGAUGAAUGGAUGGACAUCGAAACUACCAAAAUUAUUGAUUGAUUCAGAAUCAAGGGUUAAAAACUAUUAUUGUUAUUUUUAUUAUUGUGACUACAAAAUAACGAUGCUGUGAUUUACCCCUUAAAAAAUACUACUAUUACAUUCCACGCAAUUUAUAUAUUCAAAAUUUGGGUUGAUUGAUGAUGCAAAUAACCUUAUUUGAGCCCCUUUUUUGCAAAUCAAAAAGAUGAACCCUUGACAAGAUUUAAUUAAAAGUAUAUUUAAGCGAACAAACGAAUUUCUCCGAAGCAGUUCCUCCAUUAAGAUAAAAACAUGUAUAUAAAAUAUAAAUUCCAAAAACUUUGAGAAACUUGUGGAACUUACGAUACGAAUAAAGAGAUUCAAAGAUGAA